AUGCUUCAAGGAGCUCACCCACCAAUAGACCCUAAAGAUAUAAAAUCACUGUUAGAAGAACCUGACUCACCCAGAAUUGGGUCUUUGGAACUUGAAGAGCCAUUGUUUUGUGUCUCCACUUUAGCCAGAAUAGAAGACGCUUGUUUUACUAAAUCAGCUUUAUUUGAAUCAGACCCCUGUGGGGUAGUCUUGCAAGCUGGCUCGACCCCUGGUUUAACAGACUUGAAAUUUUAG